CCGGUUUCUGUUGUUGAUGUGGAUAAAGAACCCGGAGUUAAAAGUGAUGCACAAACAGAUGGAGUGCCCAUAACACCAAUCCAUUUAAAUUUUGAUGAAUCUCAGCAAAUCGGCGAUAUGGAGAAUGCUAAUGCUGAAUUUACCGCAUCAGAGGAAAUGGUAGCGGACUUGCUAAUCAACUGCCCUUUAGCAUGUGUUAUUCCUCUCGGUCCUCCUCCAGUACCACGCGAUGAUCAAACCGAUUUGUCAAGUUUAAGGACUCCUCAGAAUGUGGACAAUAACCCGGUAACCAUCUCUCAGUGGAUGAUUCCUGAUUCUCAGAUACCAAUCCAACUUGGAGUACAACCAACAACCGGACAAAGUUCAACUAAUGAAACUGAACAGCAAGUUGGAGUACAACCGAUUGUUGGCCACAGUUCAAGCGAUGAAACUGGACAACAAGUUCCCGUACAACCAAAUGCGGGCCAAAGCUCAAGUGGUGAGACUGCACAGUUUUCAAACUCUGAAAAACAGAUCAUUGUCCAUCCAGGUGCUGCCCGAGAAAGGAAACCAAGCAAAUAUAACCUGUCCCCUUAUUGUCCCAAUUUCAGCUCAGCGGGUUCUUCUGCCAAAAAUAUCGGUCCUUGCAUUUAUCAGAAAAAACACCCAUUUGUUAACCACCCUAUAAAUGCCCCGUUAGAUACUUCGUUUCUUCAAGAAUAUCAAAAGUGGCUUGAGAAGGAUCUGUUGAAAUCACAUGACAAAAGGAAGCCAAAUGAAAAUCAUUACAGAAAGAACAAGGAAGGACUCGAUCCUGCGGAUGCCGAACUUUGGUUGCAUUUAGGCGUUACAGCCGUUGAUGGAGUAGGUUUAGUUGCUGAAAUUUACAAAUCUUGGAAAAACCCUGAUUCAUCCACAUGUGUCGCCAGUAAGGAAGAUGAACUGUGUGAGUACAUUAACGGGCACAGGCUGUUGGCUAAUGUACCAUGGUAUACUGUUGACAACGUACUAAUUCCUGUCAACAUAAAAGAGGAAAAUCACUGGAUUUUGGUUGUGAUAUCAUUCACUGACAGGUCCAUCUACGUAUACAACUUAUACCGAGCUGCAGGGCAUGAUGCUGUCGUUAGAGUCGGAGUGAAAAUGUUGGCUACUCUAGUGACACAUAGUCUACAGAUGACUGAUUUCUAUGAGAAGAAGGCGGAUAUAGAUUUUGUCACACAUCCUUCUUACAGAAAUAGAGAACAGACCGACAACUUUGACAUUGUGAAUGUAGACAAUCUCCCGCAACAAGCUCCCUCUAGCAUGGAUUGUGGUGUGUAUGUGGCAGCCUUCGCUGAAUACUUGAGCUCAAGUGCAGUCAUCCCAACCGAAUUCGAUGCAAAGUUACUCCGUAUGAGAUAUGGUGCCCUUUUAUGCGACUAUGCAUGGGAUAAGUCAAACAACAAUGCAUCAAGUGAUAACGAGCAGCCUCCAAGACCAAUUAGACCGGCAGUUGAUUACGAUGCAGUUGAUAAAGAGGAUCUUGAUUAGGCCACCAAUUCAUUUGUGUUUUUGAUUUUCAUGUUGAACAAUAGCAUAGUUGGUUGCGACUUUUGUUGCUGU